UCCAGGACUCACACUUUCCUAAGGAUAUCUCUGCCCUCACUUGGAACUACGGACAUGUGGCAUUUUACCCCACCCACUCCAAACAGGCACAUGGUUGGGCUUCGUGCCUUUCUGGCAAGCAACCCUGGACUUUACACCCCAUGGGAUGGCUUUGCCAGCUAGAUGUGAUCUCACCUGCUUUUGAGCUUUUCUUCCUGUCUCUUCUUAAUCUGUUUGCAGCCUCCUUGCAGCCAGCCAGUUGGAGCUCCAUCUCCAUCAUGGCUGGGCUGCUGCUCUGGGGCAGGCGGCUCUGGGUCUUGCUGCAGGUGGCCUGGCAUGUUGCAGUAGGGAAGGUGCAGAAGAUCUUGUUCCCAGAAAGGAUGAAGAGGAAUCUCCUGAGCCAGAGAAUUAACAUUAAUCAGAACCCUGCAUUUGAGUAUAAGGACUGGGGCCCGACAUUCUUCAGCAUCCAGUACUUCUUCUUUGUCCUGAAGGUCCGAUGGCAGCACCUGGAGGACCAGGCGCUACAGGGGGGACUGGCACCCAACUCUCCUGUGGUCACCCUCAGCGGGGAGAGCCGUCGCAUCUGGGACUUCAUGAAUGACAACAGGCCUUUGGUGCUGAAUUUUGGAAGCUGCACCUGACCCUCAUUUAUGUUCAAAUUUGGCCAGUUCCAGAAACUCAUUGAAGACUUCAGCUCAAUAGCAGAUUUCCUGAUCAUCUACAUUGAGGAGGCUCAUGCUGCAGACGGCUGGGCUUUUGCAAACAAUAUCGAGAUCAGACAGCAUCGCACCCUUCGUGAGCGCAUGGAAGCUUCCUGGCGGCUGAGGGACAAGAAGCCCAUGUGUCCCGUUGUUUUAGACACCAUGGACAACCUGACCAGCAGGAGCUAUGCCGCCCUCCCAGAACGCUUCUAUGUUCUUCUGGAAGGCAGGAUCCUCUUCAAGGGUGGCCCAGGCCCGUGGCAUUACGAUCCGGAAGAGGUCCGCAAGGUCCUGGAAAAGCUAAGCCGAUAAAGCUCAGGAAAGUCUGGCUGGCCGGUGGUGGAGGAGAUGAAGGCUUCUCGCUUCUUCAAGGCACCAGAUCACUCCCACUGGGGCUGGGAGCCGCUAGGCCUGUGGGCUCCAAAUGGUCUCAUCUGCCUCAGUUCCGCUUCUUGUUCAGUUACACCCAAGUUCAUUUCAGAAAAUCGGCUUUUCAGAUGUCUUUGAAAGUCUCCUAAUCAUCCCAUGCAGUGAUGCCGGCCAGCCAAGGCAGGAUCCAUUAGGCAGGUUCCUAUGUGUCUCAAUCCUGCUUCUCCAAAUAUUUAUUUGUGACAGUCACAGCCUAAAGCUCAGGCCAGCUGGGACUUGAUGUGGAAAAACGUUUGUGAGAGGCAGGGAAUACACAUGGAAGUGAUUAAAAAGUAGCUAAUGA